AUGAAACUCCUCAGCCGUCAGAAACCUAAUAAGAAUCCCUUUAGGGACAACAGCGCUACACUACUGAUCUCAACACUGCUCCUCGGCGUGCCUCUGACGAUAGUGCUUCUUCACUGCGCGUAUCAGACGUAUUAUAAGAAAGGAGCGCAUUGGAGCCACCAUCAUGAUAUACUUGACCCGAUAACUCACGCUCACGACCCGAGUUCUUUACUGUAUGUUGCUUCGUACAGUGGACUCGUUACGACGUUGAACCUUUCGCUUGCCGCGUAUCGGGAUGCACCCGUCAAACUUGAAACGUUGGCGACGACGGGUGCUUGUGGUGGGAGUCCGUCGUGGCUCACACUUGAUUGGAUGAACGGUGUGCUUUAUUGCACUGAUGAAGGGAUUAAGGAUGGAAAGAAUGGGUCUUUGGUGUCUUUUGCAACGAAUGAGAAUGGCACUUUGGCACCUUUGACCAAAUUGUCUACGGCACUUGGCCCCGUGAGUGCUGUUGCUUAUGGGCAGUGGGCCUAUGGGUUGGCCGUCGCGCAUUACGGCGGUUCGGCAUUCACUACUUGGGACAUUCGAGACCCGUCCAAUAUUACAUCGGUGCAAGUUCAGGAAUACAGCCUUCCGAAGCCAGGCCCUGAUCCGUCAAGACAGGAGACGUCUCAUCCCCACGCUGCAGUUCUCGACCCGACUAAACGGUUCCUUCUUGUUCCAGAUCUAGGCGCGGAUUUGAUCCGCGUCUACGGCGUUGAUGAGGAUGAAAGCUUGGCGUUGAGCAAGCUUGAUCCUUUGGUUGUUGCUCCCGGGAGUGGACCUCGACAUCUGACCUUUGUAGUAAAAGAGACCAAGACAUUCAUGUAUCUCGUCGCCGAAUUGGCCAAUACGGUCGUUGGGUAUGAGGUCGUCUAUGGCGGGGGUUUCAUCGUAUUCAAGGAAGUAUGGAGCAGUGGUAUCCAUGGCAAAGGAAAUGAUAUCCCCCGAGGUGCCGCUGCUGCUGAGAUUGCCGUAUCUCCAGAUCGAGAGUAUCUUCUCAUCUCAUCCCGAAAUGAGAACACCCUCGAAAUACCCAAUUACGGCGACAACAACACCAGCAUAACUUCAGAUUCGCUUGUCAGUUUCAGCAUUGACGGUGAGACUGGGCAUCUGGCCUUGCAACAAGACAUCGCAUGCGGCGGCAGAUUCCCGCGGCAUUUUACUAUCAACAAGGCCGGUACGUUGGUUGCAGUGGCACUACAGUACGACAGUCGUGUCGUUAUUCUCGAGAGAGAUGUCAAAACAGGAAUAAUUGGCGAUUUCGUUGCCUAUGCAGAGUUGGAAGGCGAGGUCACAGCCGUGAUCUUCUAUGAAUGA